CUUGCCCGCAGCCGCCGCGAGUGGCACAGAGCAAACAGCGGCUUUUGUGCGCAUGAUGCACCGUGUUGGACGCACCUGCGAGGAGCGAUAAAGGCAGCCCGGAGACGGCGCUGCUUCUUGCUGGAUCCUGGAUAUUUUUGUAAAAGCAAGCAAAAAAAAAAAAAAAAAGGGGGAAAAAGUGGGUCCGUGUACACUGGCAGCUGGAUUUUAGCAGGUGGAUACUUUUGGUCUGCUGAUCUGAGUGAUGAAACCGUGGAUCCACUCAUACCUCCACUUCACAUCUAAAAACAUGGAGGAAAUUCCACUUUUCCUGAGAACCAGAGAAGAAUAUUGGAUCGGACCUUACACCAGAAAUAAUGCUCUGAAGAUUAAAAAAGCAUAAAAAUCAGAAAAGGAUUCCUCUGCAUGAUCACUGCCUUGCAGCGUCUGGACAAUUUCUUACUCUUAAGACUGUUAACGCCAACGACUGUUAUCCUUCUAUCCCCUUGUUCCCUUUAAAAGCAUAUUUUUUAUAAGAAAUAUCUAUAUGAAUAUAUCUCAACACAUAUUGUGGAUAAACGUGGAUUCCAGAAAUUCAGCUAGAAGAUUUCCAUCCCUUUGACUCUCUGUUGGACAUUUUCUUGGAUUAACUCUUUGCAGCUAUGGAUCUUGUAGGCUUUUCUAUCAGACUGCAGUUAUUCCUCAGCUCCUGUUUGGGAUUGGAAUUUUUAGGUACUCCAGGCCAGUGGGCACGCUACCUCCGCUGGGACGCCAGCACCCGCGGUGACCUCAGCUUUCAGUUCAAGACAGAGGCCUCAGAGUCACUGCUGCUGUACUUCGAUGAUGGGGGAUACUGUGACUUUCUGCAGCUGGGGGUGGUGGAGGGUCGACUGCAGCUGCGCUUCAGCAUUGACUGCGCUGAGACCACGGUUGUUUCCGACAGGCGGGUGGACGACGGCAGCUGGCACGCCGCCACGCUGAGCAGGUAUAACCUGCGCACGGUACUGGUGCUGGACGGCCAGGCCAAAGCCGACGAGGUGAAACCUCAGCGUCAGUUCAUGAAAAUAGUCAGCGACUUGUUCCUGGGUGGAGUACCUCAGGAUAUCCGCAACGGUGCACUUACACUGCCUACGGUGCGAACCAUGCAACCCUUCAGGGGAACAAUUACAGACCUCAAGUUUGGCAGCUCACAGCCUCUGUUCCUGGGAAGCCUUAAGGUGCCCCUGGAGUCAGAAGGUUGGUGCACUGUCAACCCGUGUGAGAACGGUGGAACGUGCAUGGUGAUAGACGGAGAACCGGUCUGCGACUGCUCCCAGACGAAAUACAAGGGCCGCUUCUGCAAUGAAGGGGUCAGGAAGACCAUACCAGGCCUCGCACACAUGAUGGCAGAACAAGCUAAAAGCAAAGCAAGGGAAGAAAACGUUGCCACCUUCCGUGGCUCGGAGUACUUCUGUUAUGACCUCUCCCAGAACCCGAUCCAGAGCAGCAGCGACGAGAUCACGCUGUCCUUCAAGACGUGGCAGCGUAACGGCCUCAUCCUGCACACGGGGAAGUCAGCCGAUUACGUCAACCUGGCUCUAAAGGACGGUGCGGUCUCCCUAGUCAUCAACUUGGGCUCCGGAGCGUUUGAAGCCAUCGUUGAACCGGUCAACGGGAAAUUCAAUGACAACUCAUGGCAUGAUGUGAAAGUGACCCGCAACCUGCGACAGGUGACGAUAUCUGUGGAUGGGAUUUUGACCACCACGGGUUAUACCCAGGAGGACUACACCAUGCUGGGCUCAGAUGACUUCUUCUAUGUGGGAGGGAGCCCCAGCACAGCCGACCUGCCGGGAUCUCCAGUUAGCAACAACUUCAUGGGUUGUCUCAAGGAGGUGGUGUACAAGAACAAUGACAUCCGUCUGGAGUUGUCCAGGAUGGCUCGGAUUCUGGAUCCAAAGAUGAAAAUCCAAGGUGAGGUGUCCUACAAAUGUGAGAACGUGGCCACGUUGGAUCCAAUCUCCUUUGAGACUCCAGAGGCGUACAUCAGCCUCCCCAAGUGGAAUACCAAGAGGAUGGGAUCGAUCUCUUUCGACUUCCGCACAACUGAGCCCAAUGGACUCAUCCUCUUCACUCACGGAAAGCGCCAGGAGCGCAAAGAUACUGCUCGUAGCCAGAAAAACACCAAGGUGGAUUUCUUUGCUGUGGAGCUCCUAGAUGGGAGCCUGUACCUGCUAUUGGAUAUGGGCUCAGGGACAAUAAAGGUGAAAGCCACCCAGACAAAGGUGAACGAUGGGGCAUGGUACCAUGUGGACAUUCAGAGAGAUGGACGCUCUGGUACCAUCUCUGUAAACAGCAGACGGACGCCAUUUACAGCCAGUGGUGAGAGUGAAAUUCUGGACCUGGAGGGAGACAUGUAUCUGGGAGGCCUUCCAGUUGACCGCUCCAACCUCAUUCUGCCCACCGAGCUCUGGACGGCAAUGCUCAACUACGGCUACGUCGGGUGCAUCCGUGACCUUUUCAUCGACGGUCGCAGCAAGGACAUCCGUCAGAUCGCAGAGGCACAAAAUGGUGCCGGUAUCAAACCCUCAUGCAACAAGCAGCAAGGAAAGCAGUGCGAGAGCUAUCCAUGCAAAAACCGGGGAGUCUGCAAAGAGGGUUGGAACCGAUUCAUCUGUGACUGCACUGGCACCGGGUACUGGUCACGUACCUGUGAGAGAGAGGCCUCCAUUCUCUCCUAUGAUGGAAGCAUGUACAUGAAGGUGGUGAUGCCAACUGUCAUGCACACCGAGGCCGAAGAUGUCUCCCUGCGGUUCCGUUCACAGCGGGCCUACGGCCUCCUCAUGGCCACCACCUCCCAGGACUCGGCCGACACACUGCGGCUCGAGUUGGAUGGGAGCCGCGUCAAACUCACAGUCAACCUAGACUGUAUCAGGAUAAACUGUAACUCCAGCAAGGGACCGGAGACCCUGUAUGCCGGGCAAAAGCUCAAUGAUAAUGAAUGGCAUACAGUGCGCGUGGUGCGUCGGGGCAAAACCUACAAGCUAACGGUUGACGAUGAUGUAGCAGAAGGACAAAUGGUGGGCGAUCACACUCGGCUGGAGUUCCACAACAUCGAAACGGGAAUCAUGACAGAACGCCGGUUCGUUUCCACCAUCCCAUCCAGCUUCAUCGGUCACCUCCAGAGCCUGAGGUUUAACGGCAUGCUGUACAUUGACUUGUGCAAGAACGGCGACAUUGAUUACUGUGAGCUCAAUGCUCGCUUCGGGGUUCGCUCUAUUAUUGCUGACCCGGUUACCUUCAAGACAAAAAGCAGCUACCUGAGUCUGGCUACUCUGCAGGCCUACACAUCCAUGCACCUCUUCUUCCAGUUCAAGACCACUUCCCCUGAUGGCUUCAUCCUCUUCAACUCUGGGGAUGGAAAUGACUUUAUUGCUGUAGAAUUGGUCAAAGGAUACAUCCACUAUGUUUUUGAUCUUGGAAAUGGGCCCAACCUCAUCAAAGGCAAAAGUGAAAGGUCGCUAAAUGACAAUCAGUGGCACAAUGUGGCCAUCACCCGAGACAAUAGCAAUACCCACACACUGAAAGUAGAUGCUACAGCCACAAGUCAGACUAUCAAUGGAGCAAAGAACCUUGACCUGAAAGGUGAUCUGUUCAUCGCAGGCCUGGGUCCAGGCAUGUAUGGAAACCUCCCCAAACUGGUGGCUUCCAGAGAAGGCUUCCAGGGUUGCUUGGCUUCCAUGGACCUCAACGGUCGCCUGCCAGACCUCCUGAACGAUGCCUUGUUCCGCAGCGGCCAGAUCGAGCGCGGAUGUGAAGGUCCAAGCACAACUUGUCAGGAGGACUCCUGUGCCAACAUGGGGAUCUGCAUCCAGCAGUGGGAGAACUACACCUGCGACUGCUCCAUGACCUCCUACACUGGGACGCAGUGCAGUGACCCUGGAACCAUGUACAUCUUUGGCAAAGGGGGAGGCCUCAUUACAUUCAACUGGCCAGCCAACGAGAGACCGAGCACCAGAACCGACAGGCUGACCGUUGGCUUCAGUACAUCCCUGAAAGAUGGCAUAUUGGUCAGAAUUGAUAGCGCGCCUGGUCUGGGGGACUAUCUUAUGCUGCAUAUAGAACAAGGGAAGAUUGGAGUCACCUUCAACAUUGGGACUGAGGACAUCACUGUUCAAGAAAGCAGCACCCCAGUGAAUGAUUUGAAGUAUCAUGUGGUUCGUUUUACCAGAAAUGGUGGGAAUGCUACGCUGCAGGUGGAUAACUGGUCAAUCAAUGAACACUUCCCUACAGGGAACAGCGACAUUGAGCGCUAUCAAACGGCCAAUAAGAAAAUUCCUUUCAAAUAUGUCAGACCGGUAGAAGAAUGGCUACAAGAGAAAGGACGACAGCUUACAAUUUUCAACACUCAAGCAACAAUCACAGUUGGAGGUAGCGACAGAGGCCGACCUUUUCAGGGUCAGCUGGCGGGCCUGUAUUACAACGGCCUGAAAGUAUUGAAAAUGGCAGCUGAAGCCAAUGUCAACAUCAAGAUUAAUGGCAGCGUGAGGCUGGUGGGUAAUGGAUCCAGUGUGGCAGGUUCAGCCAGGACCACAACCAUGACUCCAGAGUUAUCCAGCAACGUUUUAGAGUCGACCACCACGACCACGACAACAACCACACGGAAACACAGAUCCUCCACGGUACAGAAGCACGGGGCAGAGGAAAUCGUGUCCUCUGCAGAGUGUUCAAGCGAUGACGAAGACUUGGAGGAGUGUGAAACAAUCCAUCCAGGUGGGCUAGCACUCCCCACAGAGCCAGGCGUCAGGCGAGUCCCGGGGCCCUCGGAGGUGGUCCGUGAAUCUAGCAGCACCACCGGGAUGGUCAUCGGAAUAGUGGCGGCCGCAGCGCUGUGUAUCCUUAUCCUCCUGUACGCCAUGUAUAAGUACAGGAACAGGGAUGAAGGCUCCUACCAGGUGGACGAGAGCCGGCACUACAUAACCAACUCGGCUGUGCAGAGCAAUGGCGCUGUCAUGAAGGACAAACAGCAGAGCCUGAAAGGCAGCAACAAGAGACAGAAAAACAAGGAUAAGGAAUAUUAUGUGUGACUGAGACUUUGGUCAACCCGACAGAACAAAGAGAGAAGGCACUGAGAGAACUUUUAUUACCAGUUUCCUUGUGAGGAGCUUUGACAAAUGAUGGUAUAACAUGGGACUUGAAUAAUUCUAUACUGUGCUGAAUAGUUGAACUGAUAUGUACUGUAACAUAAAGCACACUUACUAUUAAGCAAAAGGCUUAAUGGCAAGGUUAAAUAGCAACUUUAGAAACCUUACACUUCUAUCUGGUCAGAGACAUUGUCGGUAUACAAAUAUUUCACAGCACCAUUCUCCUAAGUGACUUUUAGAGCUACGUGAUCCUUGGCAUUAAACAAUUUUUGUGAAAUUGUUAAUUACAAAAGGCUCAUUAUCUUAAACGUUUCCAGCAUGUAAGCAACAAGUAGUGCUUAACGAGAGGGGGUCAGGCACACAAAGGACACUUGUACUCAAAAUAUUACAGAUUUUUAUGGUUUAUACAUAAUAUAAGUGUGGUGUCUUACUUAUUUUUGCUUAAAGCAAAAGAAAAAAAAAGAUUCAAAGAGAACAGUAAGAAAAGAAAACUAUUUUAUGUGUAUAAUAUGAAUCCAAGUGAGCCAAUUGCCAAGGGCAGACCUCAUACCAUCUGUUUGCUCUGGCAUCUAAUUCACCACAAUUAUUCUCAUUGUCUGACAGACACAGUGACUCUCUUUGUGGGAAGAAUUUGUCGGUUCUCUUGGUAAGAAGCGCCUGAUUGUAAAAUGCAUGCCAUCCUGAUUCCACAGUAAGGUGCAGUACAGUAAAAGUCCAGUAAAGAGUGUUCAGCUUGGAAAACACAAAGGCAGUUCUCCAUCUAAGAUCAGGACUCCCCCCUACCCCCUCUUCUCGAAACCCCUCAAACAGAUCUCUUCUUGCUGCACAGUCUGUGGUGGUUUUAUCUAUCUGCACAAGUGUGUGUUGGUUCAUUGCCUAUCAUUCUCUUUUUCUAUGGAGGUGUCAGGAUGAACACAGAUGCAGUACUACUACACUGUUAACCAAUGUGUAUACAGAAAUAAACCAGAUGUUGAAAGUGUGAAUUCUAUCUGCUGUCACAGUCAACUGUGUCAAAAAAAAGAGAAAUUUGUUUACAUAUUUUAUUACAUGCUAUCUGUUGUACUUUGUAGGUAGUAAAUUGUACAUAUACCAUGACAGUUGUAAUUUUUAGUACCUCUAUUGUACAGACUGAAGAUAUGAUUUAUCAACAGAUUUCAUUACAAAAAUCUAUCUGUUAAUUUACAUGGAGAAAGACUUUAACCAGACUGUGGAGAAUCAUAUUGAUAUUCAUGAAGAAUAAAAAACUGUAUUGUUAGCCUAGAAAUCUACACAGAGAUGUUUCUAAAGUUGCAUGAAUAUUUAACUACUUGCAGUUGUCCAACAAAUACAAGGUGCCCUUUCUUCUCAACCAUGGCGUUCUUGUCCUGGGGUACAUUGAUUUCUGUUUUGCUUUGUUUGUACUUUUUUAUAGAGAGAAAGAAAGAGCAUACACUCCGAUUCGUGGUGAAGACAGUACAGCUCAAAUUAAAGCUAUAAAGGGGGGGUUCACUGUUGAAAAGGACAUCAUUUCUUCUUCGUCAUUAGUUGACAUCUUGCUUUGGAAAAACGUUACCACUCAUUUAUGUUUGCAUUUUCUGACAUUGCUAUUAAAGAAGUGGAUACUUUUUUCUUAGAAAUCA